GGACGAGAGUAUGAAAAGAGAAAAAAAUGUCAAUCAAAAUCAAUCAAUUGGCACAUUAUCAACUGAUUCAUCAAUGAAUGGGGGAAAAGAUCAGAAACCUAUUGAAGCGACGUCAAAAGUACCGGUACCAGUACCUUACAGCGAAGAAAAUAGGUUUAAGCCAUCGGCGAGAAUUGAUGAAAAAACGUUUGCCAUAAUUAUGAAACAGGUAGUGAAAUUUGAUAAAACCGCCAUUUUUCAAACACUCACACCGCACUUAGCUAAUGAAUGGGGCCAUCUGGCCGAUUUCGUCGAGUGCAUUAGCAUUCAACGCGAACGGGUGCAGCGGUUUGUGUUGUAUUUUCUCGAUGAAUUCAUCUUUUUGAAGGGACAUAACAGUAACGAUGAUCUCACAAAUGAGCGGGAAAUUGUGGAGUACAAUCAAAGCACGAACGUCGGGAAAAUGUUUCGAAGUAAAGGCGAACGGAAAAUGAACCUGACGGAAUCGAGCUCGCUAUAUUCGGAUGUGGCGCACGAGUGGCUAUGCAAUGGGAAACUAUUGAGACUGCUGGACCCGUUGGAUGUGCAUAAUUACAGCGUAUUUCACGACCAAUGGGAACGCGGGCAGCCUGUCAUGGUGUCGGGAGUUUCAAGCAAAAUGAACAUGGAUCUCUGGAUACCGCAAUCGUUUGGGCGAGAUUUUGGUGAUCAAGUGAACGAUUUGAUCAACUGUCUCAACGGUAAAAUUGUUCGCGGACAUCCAAUGAAAGUAUUUUGGGAUGGGUUUGAAACAAUUGGCGAGCGUUUGAUCGACGAACGCGAACGGUCUAUGAUGCUGAAGCUGAAAGAUUGGCCUCCGGGAGACGACUUCGCCGAAAUGAUGCCUACGAGAUUCUACGAUCUCAUGAAAUCGCUACCAUUAGCCGAGUACACGCGCCGUGAGGGUAGACUCAACCUGGCAAGCCGACUGUGCAGCUUUUUUGUAAAGCCUGAUUUAGGCCCCAAAAUGUACAGUGCAUAUGGUUCGGCGCUGCACCCGAAUAAAGGUACGACCAACCUUCAUUUGGAUAUAUCGGAUGCGGUGAAUGUGAUGGUUUACGUCGGUGUACCGUCGGACGUGCCCCGUGAGCGCUACAACGACAAGAUUGUGGAGCUUAUAGAUGGAGAGGAUUGUGAUUACCUCACGAGGCAGCGUAUCCGAAAGCGCAAGGAACUCCCAGGUGCUUUAUGGCACAUCUACCACGCUCAGGAUGCGGACAAAAUUCGUUCCCUUUUAAACAAAAUUGAACUUGAACGUGGAGGUACGAUCAAACCAAAUCACGAUCCCAUUCACGAUCAAAAAUGGUAUCUAGAUCGGAACAUGCGCAAGCGUCUGCAACAAGAGUACAACGUGGAAGGAUACGCGAUUGUACAAUGCUCUGGGGAUGCAAUAUUCAUACCGGCCGGAGCACCGCAUCAGGUACGCAAUUUGCACAACUGCAUCAAAGUCGCAGAAGAUUUUGUAUCGCCGGAAAACAUAUCCCAUUGCCUGAAACUGACGAACGAGUUCCGACACCUCAGCAAAACACACUCGAACCAUGAGGAUAAGCUACAGAUCAAAAAUAUCAUCUACCACACAGUGAAAGAUGCAAUUUCUUGUAUUACAAACCCGUUGAUCAUGAUGACCAACGAUACUGUCGAACGUAUGAAAUGCAAUUUAUAAUGCAGAUCAUGAAGUAGCGUUCCUAUUUUUGAUUCAUAUUUUAUAUUUUAUAUGGUAGAAAAAACAGCUGCAAAUGUGUAAAAAUAGUCAUGGACGCUAAAAGUUUAGUGAAAAAUUAUUUAGAUUAUGCGAAU